AGUGAUAUAACCAUAAGCCAAAUGCGUUGAAAAGCCAGAGGCUAGAGCCGAAAAAGAUAACUAAGCACGCGUUUGAGUCUAGCGUUAACAGUACACGAGCAGUUGAUUAUAUUUACAUUAGCAAUGGAUCAAGGGGAAGUUAAAAUGAACCCAGCUUAUCAGGAAGAUGAAUUUAUUGAUAUGAAUGUCCUGGAGAAAGUGCUCUCGGACUAUUCAGGGACAAACCAAAAACCAGUACGUGCAAGUUUUCAAAGAAAGACUUCCACAAAAGUCACGUCUUUAAGUAAGACGGGUGGUAAUCAACAGUUAAGCAAAAAGCUAUCGACUGAUCACCAAGUGCAAGAAGAGAAUGGAAACACCAGACACGACAGCGCAUCGCGGCAGAACUCAAACAUCCACAAGCCACUAGCAAAGGAACUAGAGCGGAAUGAAGUGCAAUCAAACGAGAGGAGAGCGCGAUCUUGGAGUGAGCAGAUUUAUGAGAAAACGGACCCGGAAGCCAGGUCGCGCCAUACGCAAAAACGAGGAGAGGUAGAGCAAUACCGAGCCAACAUGAAGUGUUUUCUAAUAGCAGCUUGUAUUCUGAUCUUUUUAGUGAUAGGGAUACUGGUGGCCGUUGUUGUGCUUAUAAUGUUGUAAAAACCAUAAGUUUUAGUUGCAGCAGUGUGGCAGCCUUUUCUAGAGGGGACACAGCCACCCCGUCAUUUCCUAAAACAUUUAAGACUAUUUUCUUAUAUUCGCUCAUGUAAACUCUGUAAUAAACAUUCUACACUCGCUGCCACCCCCUCAUUUCCUAAAACAUUUAAGACUAUUUUCUUAUAUUCGCUCAGGUAAACUCUGUUAUAAGCAUUCUACACUCGCUGCCAACCCCUCAUUUCCUAAAACAUUUAAGACUAUUUUCUUAUAUUCGCUCAUGUAAACUCUGUAAUAAACAUUCUACACUCGCUGCCACCCACUCAUUUCCUAAAACAUUUAAGACUGUAUUCUUAUAUUCGCUCAUGUAAACUCUGUAAUAAACAUUCUACACUCGCUGUGAGCCUGGGCUACCUGAGAUUGAUUGUAACUGAAUACUGGAUUAUGAGAGCGCAGAUUCAGACGUAGUAGAGUUAUAGGCAUGGGAAGGCGCCUCAGCCGCCAUACAACUAGACUAUGUCUGACCACGGAUAACAGCUUUGGUCGAAAUUGUUGGUUUUCUGGAGGGAGGAAAACCGGAGAAUCCGGAGAAAAACCCUCUGAGCAAAGGCGAGACCAACUAACUCAACUCAGGUUGGAACCGGCUAUAUAAACCCAGAACUCAGUGAUGGGAGGCACAGCUCUGUGCCAACUGCGCCAGCUAGGUUCCACACCUAGGCUAUACCUCCUCUCUGUUCUCCAAGAUAGCUUAUACAAUAGCUCCACGAUGUCAGCAAUACUUGACAGUAAAAAAGCACGAAGAGGUGCUUUUGUGGAUAUUUAUGAUAUGGCCUAAUCGCCUUUAAAACUUUGUUUUGUGAGUUCAGGUUUCCUGUGUUACUUAGGCACAGGGACCCCAGAAUCCAAAACUAUGAACCGGAAAUUUGUGAGAAGUCCCGAAAGAACAGGCUAGAAAGCAACGUUUGCACUCAUACACUCAAGAAUAAAGUAUUUAAUUUUUGAGGCUGUAUUCUUCUUUUACAUGGCUUCCUUUUCCCAAAGUUAUUUAUCUCACGAGGUCUAUCUAGAACCCCUACCCCCCUGCGGCGAUUUUGUGAUAUUUUGACAUCUUGAUAUUCUACAGGAACUGGAGAAGAAACGCGAUGCUCUUGUGUGGAUGAAGAGAGCCACUUCUCCGAUUUUAAGAGUAACUUAUUUGCGGGCAGGGAUCACAGUAUUUUAUAAAGUUGAUUCGCAACUCAACAUGUCAACAGUUACAGGAAACCCAGAUGCGAACGUUGAAAAGAGAGACAAAAAUUCCCGUCUCAAAAUGUCAACAACAAUGGCGAAAAACACGGAGAUGAGCUUGGUCCCCCCGGAAAAAUGGACCCCGAAACAGGCGCGAUUGAGUUUUAGAACAGACCCAAGCAUCACUGACAAAUUAUCUACCGCCUCAGGCUUGUGUCGGGGUUUUUUGCAAGCCAACGUUGCAAUAAUUCCCUCGUCUUUAGCGAAGGACUUCAUGGAGUUUUGUCGGAAGAACCCAGCACCUUGUCCACUGUUGUAUUGUAGUGACGUCGGCGAGGUUAGCGCUGGCUUCUUGGCCGAUCCAAAUUCAGAUAUAAGAACUGACCUCUUAAAGUACAUAGUGAAUAAUAGAGAGGAUGGGAAGGAAACUUCUACCAUUUUGACAAACCUGCUUGAUUAUUCAUGGGAGGAUAUGGUCACAUUCUACAUAGGGUGCAGCUUCUCAUUUGAGGAUGCCAUGAUAGCUUCUGGAAUCCCCAUUAAAAACAUCCAGGAAAAGAAAAAUGUCAGUAUGUUCCAAACCAACAUCUCAUGCAUACCAGCAGGCAAGUUUUCCUGCCCCAAAAUGGUGGUUUCCAUGCGACCGAUCAAGAAACAUUUGGUGGAAAGAGCAGUAAUUGUAACAGCAGCUUUCGAAGCUGUUCAUGGUGCUCCAAUACAUAUUGGCGAUCCUGCAAUGAUUGGAAUAGAAACGUCCCUAAAACCUGAACACGGGGAUGUAGUAGCUGUUGAUGAUGAUGAAGUUCCACUGUUUUGGGCUUGUGGAGUGACCUCUUCUUGUGCUAUCAAAACUGCAGAGCCAGCAAUUUGCUUCUCACACACGCCUGGGUGCAUGUUCAUAAGUGAUGUCAUGACUGAAGACUACUUCAAGUCACACAAACCUUCGUUUGGUGAUGACCAGCCAAAAGUGGUCACACUACAGGAGAAACCCUACUUUGCCUCAAUCAUCGGAACAAGUACCCUCCAGAAAAUUAACAGACUUGAAGAAGCCAUACAAGAUGACCCUGGAAUGAGAGGAAUCAAGCAUCUUCACAUACCCCAAGAACUUGUUAAGGCUGCUCUAAGGAUAUCACAUUCUUCUAGAAUAGCUAUAGCUUCUGGUUUUCCUGUAAAUUCUUCUCGUAAUCCCCCUGACGAGACUGAUGGCUUGCCAAGUGUCAUAACAAUGGCAAGAGCUUUCCAGGCUGUGGGAAAAAGUGUAACACUAGUCGCUUGCAAGUACCAUUUCGACAUUUUGACAAGUGUUGUGGAGUUUUGUUGUGUAAGGGGAAUCCUUGGAAAUGGUGUUAUUGUUGAAAAGUUUGAUGUCACAGGAAUAGUAUCCAAGGAAAUUGCAGCAAAGGAGUUUCUCUAUGAGAGUGACAGCAGGCCAAGGUUUGACAUUCUUGUUGCAGUUGAGGCAGCAUGUCGAUCUGCAGAUGGCAGUUAUAGAUCCAUGAAAGGCAAAGAUUUGUCAUCGCUGUGCAAUCUCAGCCCUGUGGAUGAACUGUUUCUACAAGCUUAUCAGACUGGGGACAUAGCAACCAUCGGUAUUGGUGAUGGCGGCAAUGAGAUUGGUAUGGGUAAUGUGCAUACACAAGUCACCCAACACAUCAAGAACGGCCCCAGCAUUGCCGCAACUGUACAAACCGACAACAUCAUCUCUGCAGGAGUCUCCAACUGGGGGGGCUGGGCACUAGCCAUGGCUGUCUACCUGCUUAAUGAGUGCUCUAACCACUCUAGGUACCAAAGGCAUGGACUUGGUUUCCGCCUGCCUGUUGCCAUGGAGACAGCACUUACAGAUGUUGACAAGGAAAGACAAAUCCUAGAGUUCUUGGUGAAAGCUGGAGUGUGUGAUGGUGUGACAGGUAAAGCGGAAAUGUCGGUGGAUGGUCUGCAAUUUGACCCAGUGCACACCAACAAGCUGAAAGAACUUUUGGCUAUCACUAAAUAGGAAGGCAUCAAAAGCUGAAAAACAGACUUUACAGUAGGCCACCUCUGUUUACAAAGCUAGGAAUACAUAACUAAGUUCCUGAAUUUCUGAGCAACCUGUGGUUGGUUAAAGGAAACCUUACGAUUUUGUUGGUAAGAUAUUUCCAUUUCUAAUACACAUGUUCUUAUAUGUCACAAAGCUUUGAAAGGAGAUUAGAAGGUUUAGGGGAAAACAUAUCUUUAUAAUAUAAUUUAAUAUUAUAAAUUAAUUUCUAAAUUGAUGUGUAAAUACUAGACACUGCAACAAGUUUGAUAAAAAAAUAACAAUGUUAUUUUUGGGGUAUUAAUAUACAAAUAUAUAUAAAUACACUCUUUUUAUGAGGACCUCUAACUUUCAGUUACGCCUGAUCCUCAUUUUAAUGCUAAAAUUGUCCUAGAGGACGCUAACAUUUUGACAUUCGAUGAAGUAUCAGAGAAUGAACCACAAGGUUAUUAUAAACAUAAAUUCUGCAUUUUACAGCGCAACCGGUAAAGCCAUGAACACCUAAAAUAUUAGUGAAAUGGUUAUUUUCCUCUGAAGAAUCAGACACGAAACUUCAGACUUGUUGAAACCCGUGUCUAGUUGACUGUUUGAAUAUCUUGCCAUUGAUUGGUCGGAAUAAUCAUUCCAUACAUAUUUCCGGUGUUUGUGGUUUUACCAACCAAACAUAUUUUGCUACUAUCUAAGCCCUGUUUGCUAAGAAGUAUUCUAAGCAUGUUCUUAGAAUUUGGUAAAGUACCAGUCUUGGGGUUCUUGUAAAAAGUUCCCUAUAAAGAGCGUAUCCUCUUUAGUAGAUUUAUAGUAGAUCUAUUUCGUAUCGCUAUUUUCAAUUAGUUGUCUAAAAUGCUCCUGCGAGAAAAAAAAACAGUUUACAAUUAUA